AUGCAUCCAGAAUUGUCGGACCAUUUCACACUCAUCGACAUCACCAAUAGUGUUGGCGAUGUUGCGCAACUUCUGAAGCAUUCGGAAAUCAGAGGGAAACACAUAGUCGAAGAGUUGCUCAAAGAACUUGGUGAGAGAAUAGCUCUUUCCCCUAUCCUUCCAGUCUCUAACUUCACGAACCCACUUCUUAAAUGUGGUCAUGUUUGCAUCGCCAUUAUUAAGUUUACCACAAUAUUUGCGUCUAGCAUGCCGCUUCUGCCCCUUGGUAUCAUCCAAAUCGCUGUCAUGAUCAGAUUCUGGUUCCAUCGCCAUGAAAUCUGCUCCAAAGUCAUCAUCUGGUUCACUAGUUCUUCCUCAGUCUCAGCUUUGCCCAUCAUCGGAUUCAGUUGA